UGCGCAUUCCAGGCUCCGCCGUCGUUCCAGCAGCCCCUCAACAGGGAGCCCUGCUCCCACGGCGGAAUCCCCGUCCCCGGACGCGAGCCUCCGAGGGCCGCCCUUAUCCGCGGGCCCUCCCCGCCGUGGAAGCCUCUGCCCCACGCUACCGCGAAUCCCGCGGUCGCGCCGCCCUGCCCUAUCUGCCCCUCCCCUCCCCGUCUGCCCGGGGCCCGCCCCGCCCCGUCAGCCUCGGCGCGCUUCCGGGUCGGCGCCAUCUUGGCUGCUUGGCACGAACGCGCGCUGGCGGCAGCGGCAGCGGUGAGGCCCUGGUGUCCGCGGGGUGGGGCCGCGGGCCGGGCGGGGACUCGCCUGCUGUUCCGCAGGGCCUGGAAGAAGCGAGCCGUGGCCACGCGCCCCCCCCCCCCCCGCUUCUGAAGGACCUGGGUUGAUGCAGAUCGACCCAGGUAAUUUCGGGGCGCGGCUGCCCAGAGUCAGCGGGCAGCAGGACGUGGACCCCACAGCAAGCCCAUGGAGCACUACCGGAAAGCUGGCUCCGUGGAGCUACCAGCACCCUCCCCGAUGCCCCAGCUACCGCCGGAUACCCUGGAGAUGCGCGUUCGAGAUGGCAGCAAAAUUCGAAACCUGCUGGGGCUGGCACUGGGUCGGCUGGAGGGUGGCAGUGCCCGGCACGUGGUGUUCUCAGGUUCUGGCCGAGCUGCAGGGAAAGCUGUCAGCUGCGCUGAGAUUGUCAAGCGGCGAGUCCCAGGCCUGCAUCAGCUCACCAAACUGCGCUUCCUGCAGACUGAGGACAGCUGGGUCCCAACCUCGCCUGACACAGGCCUAGACCCCCUCACAGUACGCCGCCAUGUGCCUGCAGUGUGGGUACUGCUCAGCCGUGACCCCCUGGACCCUAGUGAAUGUGGUUACCAGCCCCCAGGGGCAGCCCCUGGCCUAGGCUCUGUGCCCAGUUCCAGCGGUGGCUCGAGACCCCAAAGAAGGGCUCGAGACAACCGAUCCUGAAGACCUGCUGAGCCAAAGCUAUUCUCUAGGCCUGAUAUUUGGAUUGACUGUGCCUUUUCCAGGAAGCUAAACAUCCCCAACAAAGCUGGGUCCAAGAAGUUCUGCUCCCCCUGGCAUAUGGGGAAGGACCACAGUACGGUGAAGAGAACAGGUGUGGGGUCUCUGCUGCAUUCUGGCGUGCUUGAGAAGGGCUUUCUCUGUUUUCCUCAUACACUGUACCCCAUCUGCCUUCUGAUAGGCUUAGAGAAAGAGUUAGGAAAUAAAGGUUCUGCCAUUUAUCGGAUAA